AUGAUUAGGUCCGUCAAGCUGAACUGGCUGAGCGAAUACGUGGACAAGGAUGGCAAUAAUGCGCUUGUAGGAAGAGCGAAACCUGUUGAAGAUCAUCUCAUCUUCAAGACUGCAGUGUUGCUGUACGAAUGCCAUUAUCUGAAGGAGUUCCACUUCAAUAUGAAGUCUCUUGCAGUGGCCACAGCUAUGCUCAAAGAUGCGUCCCCGCCUCUGACUUCUAUCGACUUCUCACUACCUCACCGAUACAAUUGGGAGGACAUCUACAGAGUGUUCAGUCUUCCUACCCUAGUGACUUUGGUGAUUCGAAAUCUGCUGAGUCCAGAUCGACCUGCCUUCCGGUUUCCACCUCCCAUACCGGAUGGUUUGCACGACAGACAUGCCAUCUCCAAUAUCCAAGACCUUAGUCUUUUGGAAUGUGGCCCUCUCACGCAAUCGAUAUCUCCUUUGUUCCAGUGGCCGAGGAACCUACAAAGAUUGAAUUAUUCUCCUGCAAGGUCAAAGUGCGAGCCAUAUUGGCGUACUAUUCUGCGGCGCACUGGCGAUAUUUCGGACGCGGUGGAUCUGUCUCUCCAAGUCCUCGCACCCUUGCAAUCAGCAUUGCAAGAAUUGCAAUUCGAUCUUGGCUUGGACAGACACUGGAUUUUACCCUUCAGAACUGGAAGGCUCUUUGAAUCUUUUACUAAGCUGACAAAACUGACUGCUCCUGUCGAACUGGUCAUGUAUUCGAGAGGUCUCUCGCGCUCGAGAUACAAUCUACCAUUCUACAACAAUCUACCUUCUAGCCUACAGGGCCUCGAGCUCAAGUUUACGAUACUGACUUCUUGGCAUUCGCGACCCGCUCACUCUGAUCUCGAUACAGAAGCUUGUCUGAUUUCUGAUCCUGCGCAUCAGUUGUUCGACGAGCUGUCGACUCUAGCGAUACAAAAGGAUGGACAAUUUUCAGGGCUGCAUCGACUUACACUCACGGGAGACGGAGAUAGAGCUUUCUUGGUCAGAUGCCGCCAUGCAGAUGAUGCCUUGAAGGAUUUGGAAGAUAAUGAUGUACAAGUUGUUCAACGCGAUUGGUGUCGACAGUCAAAGGAAGCUUGGAUCUGA